AUGGAAGCGGAUCAUAUGACCGAAAUUUCUGAGACGGCCCGUCCCGGAAAAAUCUUACCCAUACCUGAAGAAGAUUCAUUAUCCACACCAACUAAGGCAGAGAUCAAUGUCGACUAUGAUGAUGUAUAUUUUGAUGAAGAAUUUGAUUAUGAUUCCACACCUCGGACAGUGAAAGAAAUGAAUAAAGAGGUUGCUUCGCAAUCAGUUAAGAUAGGCGACGACUCAGAUUCCGAUGAAUCAAUAGACUCGAACCACCCAAUCCACGACAUUCUCUUGCGUGAAGAAAUUGCUCGAUUAGAGCGAAUCUCUAAUUCUCCAGGUAAUUCAGCACCCACGCCUCAAAUGACCCCAGCUAAGGCAGAUAACUACGAUGAUGUGUACUUUGAUGAAGAGGAUUUAAAGGAAGAAGAAGUAGAAACGAACAAAGUUAAGUCGGAUAAUGAAAAUAAUUCUGAAGAAGAGAUGCCAGAUGAAUCGGAUGACGAUGGAUAUAGUGGAUGUGGUGGAUAUAAUGAAUAUGGUGAAUCUGAUAGAGGUUAUUAUUAUGAUUUAAGUAGCGGGAAAAAAACUUAUAAAAAUUCUGAUUAUAUAAUUAGCGCAUAUUAA